AUGGAAGCUGCACCCAUCGCACUCACAAAGGUUGAGACGCGUUAUCCCAUUAUCGAGAAUCUGACUCUAACCUUGGUGGUAUUGGCUCGACGUCUACGUCUGUAUUUCCAGGCCCACCUCAUCUCGAUUCUCACCAACCAACCCUUCCAACAAGUCCCCAAUCGUCUAGAGGUCUCUGGACGCCUCAUCAAGUGGUUUGUUGAGCUUAGGGAAUUCCUCAUCAAGUGGUUUUCCCUGCCCUACCUACGUGCAUAA